GCACCAGCGCUGAUAUUUCCCUUCAGCAAGGCAGGGGCAGGGAGUGAGGCUGCCAGAGUCCUGCUGGCGUCAUUCUGCCUGGUAUAGCUCAGGAGGUGGGGUGGGGGGAUUAGAAGCCUCUGAGAACAGCACCACAUGCUGCUCGGGUAACACCUGCUACUACAGCCUUGCAGCCAGGAGUCCCGGAUUUUCCUGGUUCCUGUGCCUGCGGACAGGCCCCUAGGGCGACUGGCUUUGUGAAGGGAACACUAAAUGCCCUCUUCACCGUCCAGGUGCUAGGAGGCCCUCCUUGGCUUAGGAGACCACUUCCAAAGCUGGGGCACCUCAGGGAGGCAGCAGUGGCCAGGAUGUCCAUGCAGAGCACCAACCCCCCGAAACCGAAGGCCCCACAUCAGCCGCCUGGGAUCCCCAAGUCCCUGAGCUGUCAGCGGCGCCACACACUCCCUGCCAGUGAGUUUCGCUGCCUCACUCUGGAGGACGCUGUCAGCGCCUUUGAGAUCGAGCGUGAAGCCUUCAUCUCUGUCUUGGGCAUCUGCCCUCUCUACCUGGAUGAAAUCCGGUACUUCCUGACCCUGUGUCCAGAGCUGUCCCUGGGCUGGUUCGAGGAGGGCUGCCUUGUGGCCUUCAUCAUCGGCUCGCUCUGGGACAAGGAGAGACUCACGCAGGAGUCGCUGAUGCUGCACAGGCCUGGGGGCCACAUAGCCCACCUGCAUGUGCUGGCCGUGCACCAUGCCUUCCGGCAGCAGGGCAGGGGCCCCAUCCUGCUGUGGCGCUACCUGCACCACCUGGGCAGCCGGCUGGCUGUGCACCGGGCUGUGCUCAUGUGCGAGGAUGUGCUGGUGCCCUUCUAUGAGAGGUUCGGCUUCCACACCAUGGGUCCCUGCGCCAUCAGCAUGGGCUCCCUCACCUUCACGGAGCUCCACUGCUCCCUGCGGAACUACCCUUUCCUGCGCAGGAGCAGCGGCUGCUAAACUGGGCUGCCCACAUGAUCCCCUUCUCUGCCCUGGGCUCAUCUCCUGAGCAUGGAGACAGUAGCUUCCAGAGAGUGGAGAGAGCAGGGCUAAAUAAAGAAGAGAUGGGGUGGCUUCUCACGGCCUGA